AUGAAGCAAAGAGAUGAAAGGCAAAUAAUUGAGAAACGGAGUGAAACGAACUCGUGCCCGCAGGUGUCUGGCAACUGGAACCCUCACGAGAUGAACGUAGCAUUGUUCGCGUUGUUGUAUUUUCACGUGAGAGUAACCGAACUGAGAAAUGGAACUGAAACGAACCCGUCCUCGCAGGUGUCCGGCAACUGGAACCCUCACGAGAUGAACGGGUUCGCGGAGGGUGCCACUUUCGAGAGUAUCGUGCACUACGUGUUAAAGAACAUGAAGAUUACCAAAGCGCGGGCCGGCUACCUGGUAAUGGAGGUUCUCAAGGCAGGAAUCGCUUUGGGACGGAUCAAGAAGACGCCUCGUGGCACCUAUAUACUGGUAAAGGACAGAUCUGGCCCAAUCGCGCACAACAUCAAAGAACCCCGAUUCAGCGACGACAGCGAUUGGUCUGACGUUUCGUCGGAAGAAAGCUUCUGA